AUGGCUCACUACCACUCCUAUGGAUCGGACGAGCACUCGCCGAUUGACGAGGCACAGAAAGAACCCUACUACGACGAGAACAUCAUCCAUAACCCCAACCAGCUGUCGGAUCCGAAAGAUGCACACCACAGCUUGCAUCGUGGGCUCAACGCCCGUCAAGUCACCAUGAUAGCCAUCGGUGGUGCUCUUGGGACGGGAUUGAUCAUUGGGACUGGCAAUGCGUUGGCCAACUCUGGACCUGCGUCUAUAAUGAUCAGCUACUCCGUGGUAGGACUGCUCUGCUACGUUGUCAUGUGCUCGCUUGGAGAGAUGGCGACGUGGUUACCGGCUGCGGGAGGGUUUGCUGCAUAUGCGACUCGAUUCGUUGACCCAGCGCUGGGUUUCUCUCUUGGAUAUACCUACUGGUUCAAGUACAUUAUCGUUACUCCCAAUCAACUCACAGCCGCCGCCCUAGUGAUCCAGUACUGGUGCCCGCCCGAACAAGUCAAUCCAGGCGUCUUCAUCGCCGUCUUCUUGGUCACCAUUGUACUCAUAAACUACCUGGGCAUCCGCUUCUUCGGCGAGAUCGAGUUCUGGUUGUCGUCGAUCAAGGUGCUCGUCAUGCUGGGCCUCAUCAUAUUAUCUAUUAUCAUUGCCGCCGGAGGCGUCCCUGGAAGCCCGGCCACUGGAUUCAAGUACUACAACAAUCCCGGCGCUUUCAACGAAUACAUCGGCACGGGAAGUGUAGGACGCUUCACUGCUUUCUGGUACAGCUUCACCAACGCCGUCUUCGCCUACCUAGGCACGGAGUUGGUCGGUGUCACAGUCGGAGAGGCCGAAAACCCUCGUCGAAACGUCCCGCGAGCCAUCAAGUUGACCUUCUGGCGAAUCCUUUUGUUCUACAUCUGCUCCGUCUUCCUACUCUGCAUGAUCGUGCCAUACGACAGCAAGCUGUUGGCCUUUGCAACCGACGCAUCCACUUCAGCGGCGGCCUCCCCAUUCGUCGUGGCGAUCAAGCUCGCCGGCAUUGAGACUCUUCCGGGUUUCCUGAACGGCUGCAUCCUCAUCUUCGUCUUCAGCGCCGCCAACAGCGAUCUCUACAUCGCCUCUCGAACGAUCCACGGUCUCGCCCUCAAACGCCAGGCUCCACGCUUCCUUGCCAUCACAGACAAACGCGGCGUCCCAUACUACGGUCUCGGCUUCUCAGCUCUUAUCGCCUGCAUAGCGUUCUUGAACGUCGCAGGAGACUCCGCAGACGUCUUCAAGUACUUCGUCAACCUGGUCUCGAUUUUCGGCUUGCUAACCUGGAUCUCCAUCUUGGUCUCGCACGCGUACUUCGUCAAAGCUCGCAGGGCGCAGAACAUACCCGAUCACUCAUUGCGGUACAAGUCACCGUUCGGUCUCUGGGGAACGUACAUUGCGCUAGCGUUUUGCUGCUUGAUUGCUUUGACGAAGAACUUUGCCGUCUUUACCCAUAGCGAUGACUAUGGUAACUUUGACUACAAGAAUUUCAUCACUGGCUACCUUGGCAUCCCGCUAUAUUUGAUUAUGAUCUUCGGCUACAAGCUCGUGAAGAAGACGAAGGGCUGGAAGCCACAUGAGGCCGAUCUGUUCUCGGGCAAGGAGAUCAUUGAUGCGGACGAACAAAUGUGGUUGGAGAAGGAGAGGGAAGAGAAAGCCAGUGGAGCGAACUACUGGUACCGACACACGGUCGGAUAUCUGUUCUAG